CUCAAAAACUUUCAGAAGACAGGAGAGAAUCAGUCUAUCAUACAAUAUGGUAGUCACACCAAUGGCCAAGGGGUUAUUCGCCCUAAAGGCAAAUGCGUUCAAUGGAAAUAAGGAUUGCCAGCAUUCGAUGAUAACGGGUUAUGAAAACACAAGUACGCUAAAUCAUGGCGAACAAACAUACACGGCACAGCACGAAUUUACACCAAAUGCUUCUUCAGAUUCCCUAUUUUCAUCAAAGAUAGACGCAGAUCAAUCUACGCUCCGGGAAUCACAGCAAACCACUUCGCGUUUUGCAUCUACCUUACGAUUUGUAUCUGCGCUAUUUGGUGCCGCAGAAAUCGAUGAUGAAACAGAGCAAGCACAAAAGAAUGAUAUUCAAAAUGAUAUCACGUCAUCGACGGUGUCGAUGUACAAGUCAGUAACUAUUCGUCCCAUAGAGGGGCGUGUAAAUGACGAUGGACUCUGCAGUGAUGACGUAUUCUUGGGAAUGGUGCCCAGUGUCGAUACAGAAUUGCAUCGAGUGCUCUACCGCUUCUCUGCCGGUGGCGCGGACAACAACAAGACAAAAGGCGUAAACAUAAAUACAAUCAGCAGUGGCUCGUGUAGUGAUAUGCUCGAUAGGCUGUCUCUUCAGAAACAACCCAUAAAUGAUGACAAACAAUACAGAGCCCCUAUGCGCCAGUGUGUGAAAUCGAGGCAACAAGGUACGAGUGGGUCAAAGCCCAGUCGGUCAACAUUAGAACACAAUAGCAGGUACGCAGAUCACGAACAAGAUGUUAAAGAAACUAGAAGAUUCUUCAUGGAUGUAAAAUACACGCCAAUCCGCAAGGUAGAACAGAAUCUACCCUCGAUCGACGAUAUAGAAUUGAAUCGGGCGGUAGAGGAUGAACAUAUCAGCAAAAUUAGACACCUGAUACAGGAACGCAAGAUAUCUAUCGAAGCAAAUGGGAAAUCCCAGCCACUUUUAUGUCUGGCUGUGCAGAAAGAUAGCCUAGCAGUCGUUGAGGAACUUAUAAUACAAGGCGCAGAUCCCAAUUGUGUAUGGCAAGAGAAGACGUGCAUAUACAUGGCAUACACUGCAGGACGUAUAGAUAUGAUGCGAGCACUGUUGAGGGCUGGCGCCAUUCCUGAAAUGGCAAAGAGCAAAAUGAGGUUGUCGUUGGCACAAUCUACAUUGCUGUAUAAAGCAGUAGAGGAAGGCAAUGUGCAGGCCGCUAGCGUCAUCCUACCAUUCAUUCCGUCGGUAAAUGUUGGUAAAAGCGGCCGAAGCAUCGUGCACGCAGCAGCAAACAUCGGUUCGUGUGAAAUGAUGAAGGCCUUACAUGAGGGGGCGGCGAGCAAAGGUGAGAAACUGGACUACAAUACAAGGUACUGUGAUGAGACUGUGCUUAUCCAGGCUGCGCGUGGAGGCCAUUUGGAAUUACUCAGCUUCCUGUUGGAAGGCGAUAAAGUGGCUGUUAACGAUAAAGACGAGUCAGGACGCACUGCUUUACAUCAUGCUGCAGCGAAACCAGAUAGUCUAGAGAGUGUGCAAUUACUACUGGAUGCCGGAGCAGAUACCAAAAUUCUUGAUAACAAUGGGCGAACUGCACAGAGAAUGGCAGCAAUUCAUAAACAUGAAGCUGUGAUCGAUCUGUUCGAACGUAUGGAAACGACCUUCCCAGAAGUUUCACUUAUGAUGCUUGCUAGGCACGCAUUGAAAAGGUUUACAAGCACAAUGAAAAGAGACACUGUAUGCGCAAACCUGCCAUCUGAGGUGGCAAAAUUAGUUCUUAAUCCAUUGCACGAGCAACUCUCCGCGUAGCUGUAUUGCAAUCAGAAAAGUCAAAGUCAAUAUACAAGACAAUAAAAUCGAAGACAAUAC